UCCUCCUCCCGCUGCAGUCGGGCCGCAGCGCUGCAGGAUGGCCAGGAGACCCCGGCACAGCAUAUACAGCAGCGAUGAGGAUGACGAAGAAAUUGAGAUGUAUGAUCAUGACUAUGACGGACUGCUUCCCAAGGCCGGGAAACGUCAUUUGGGGAAAACUAGGUGGACCCGUGAAGAGGAUGAGAAGCUAAAGAAACUAGUGGAACAGAAUGGCACAGACGACUGGAAAGUUAUUGCCAAUUUUCUGCCUAAUCGGACAGACGUACAGUGCCAGCACCGAUGGCAGAAGGUACUAAAUCCUGAGCUAAUAAAGGGUCCCUGGACUAAGGAAGAGGAUCAGAGAGUGAUAGAGCUCGUGCAGAAAUACGGUCCGAAGCGUUGGUCUGUUAUUGCCAAGCACUUGAAGGGGAGGAUUGGAAAGCAGUGCAGGGAGAGGUGGCACAACCACUUGAAUCCAGAAGUUAAGAAAACCUCCUGGACCGAAGAGGAAGACAGAAUUAUUUACCAGGCACACAAGAGGCUGGGGAACAGAUGGGCAGAAAUCGCUAAGUUACUUCCUGGACGAACUGAUAAUGCUAUCAAGAACCACUGGAAUUCUACAAUGCGUCGAAAGGUUGAACAGGAGGGUUAUCUGCAGGAGUCUUCCAAAGCCAACCAGCCUACAGUAGCCACAAGCUUUCAGAAGAACAAUCAUUUAAUGGGCUUUACCCACACCCCACCCUCUUCCCAGCUCCCCCCAGCUGCACAGCCCCCAGUUGCCAAUGACUAUUCCUAUUAUCACAUCUCUGAAGCACAAAAUGUCCCUGGACAGAUCCCGUAUCCUGUAGCAUUGCAUGUAAAUAUUGUCAAUGUUCCUCAGCCAGCUGCUGCGGCGAUUCAGAGACACUAUAAUGAUGAAGACCCUGAGAAAGAAAAACGAAUAAAGGAAUUAGAGUUGCUACUAAUGUCGACUGAGAAUGAACUGAAAGGGCAGCAGGCAUUACCAACCCAGAACCACACAUCCAGCUACCCAGCCUGGCACAGCGCAGCGAUGGCUGAUCACGCCAGACCCCAUGGUGACAACGCGCCCAUUUCCUGUUUGGGAGACCAUCACCACUCUACUCCAUCUCCUCCAGUAGACCAUGGCUGCUUACCUGAAGAAAGUGCAUCUCCAGCGAGGUGCAUGAUCGUACACCAAGGCAACAUCUUAGACAAUGUUAAGAACCUCUUGGAAUUCGCAGAAACACUUCAGCUUAUAGAUUCUGAUCCUUCAUCAUGGUGUGAUCUCAGCAGUUUUGAAUUCUUUGAAGAAGCAGAUACUCCACCUAGCAAACCUCCCUCAGGCAAAGCAAUUCAGCUUCAGCCAAGUAGACCCGAAGGAUACCCUAGCACUGGCUCGAGCAAAUGCAUAUUGAGUCAGGGCUCUCUUGACUCCUCCAAGUUCUUGUCUACGGCCAAGUACAGCGCAGCUCCAUUGGUCAUCCUGCACAAAAAGAGAGGAGGGCAUGCCAGCCCCUUGGUCACUGGAGGCAGUAGCUCCUUCAUACUUGCUGACGUCAGCAGUUCCACGCCUAAGCGUUCCCCUGUCAAAAGCCUGCCCUUCUCUCCCUCCCAGUUUUUAAACACUUCAAAUAGCCAUGAAAAUGUGGACAUGGACUCUCCUUCUUUAACCUCCACUCCACUUUGUGGUCAUAAAUUGACUGUUACAACACCAUUUCACAGAGACCAAACUCUUAAGCCUCAGAAGGAAAAUAAUAUUUUUAGAACUCCAGCUAUCAAAAGGUCAAUCCUGGAGAGCUCUCCAAGAACACCUACUCCAUUCAAAAAUGCUCUUGCAGCUCAAGAAAUCAAGUACGGCCCCCUGAAGAUGCUGCCACAGACCCCAUCCCAUCUGGUGGAAGAUAUGCAGGAUGUCAUCAAACAGGAAUCGGAUGAAUCUGGGAUUGUGCCUGGAUUCCACGAAAACGGGCCACCUUUAUUGAAGAAAAUCAAGCAAGAGGUGGAGUCUCCAACGGGUAAAGCAGGGAACUUCUUCUGCUCAAAUCAUUGGGAAGGAGAGAAUUUGAACACACAGCUCUUUAACCAAGGAUCUCCUAUAGAAGACGUACCAAAUCUUCUUACCAGUUCUGUUUUAAUGAUGCCGGUGUUAGAAGAGGAAGACAGUGUUCUCAAAGCGUUCGCCGCACCUAGAAAUAGGUCAUUGGCUGCCCCUUUACAGCAUCUCAGCAAUACCUGGGAAGCCGUGUCCUGUGGGAAGAUAGAGGACCAGAUGAUCGUUUCCGACCAGGCCCGCAAAUACAUCAAUGCAUUCUCUACCCGGACUCUGGUCAUGUAAAGGGUUCCGGACAAGCAUUAUGGUUUUCAAAACACUUCAAGUUGACUUGGAAUUUACAUUCCUCUACAUGAAACUUUUCAUGAAUGGGAGAAGAGCAUAUUUUUGUUGUGGUACAACAGUUGGGAGCUGCACAAAGUGCAUUUAAGUCACUGAGCAUAUUCUUGUUGGAUUUCACCCAACUAAAAAGGAUAUUUUUUGUCUUGUUUUGUUUUGUUUUUGAUAAAUGGCACUUACCUAAAUUAUUAGGUACUGAAUUGUAACCAGUCAUUAAAUGUCUUAAUGCAGAAUUUUUUUAAAAAUAAACUGAUUUUUCUGUAUUUUUUGAGAUCAAACAGACUUACACCAGUAUUGUUUUCCUGUGACGAGUAGCGUGAAAUUUUAUAUAAAAGAGCAGGUACUCAGACGUUCCUUUUCUAAAUCACUGAGCAAAAUGCAGUGGGAUCAAGCGAAUCAGCAAAAGCAUUACUCUAAAUGUUUAAUACCCAGGGGAAACGAAUCAAGAUUUCAGAUGCUCAAGAUUGAUAAAGUUUUGAAGUACUAUUUGAUUUUGUUACUGUAUUAAACUGUUUUAUGUGUGCAUUUUGUUUUUGUUAGCUUGCUUUAAAAAUUAUUACUGUAUGAAACAUAGUUUUAUGAGAACAAAUUAUAUUUUUAUUCAGUAAUUUAAUUUUGUAAA